AUGUCCGAGAAGCAGCGAGUUGGCACCCUGGCGCGCAGAAUCCAUGGCUGGUCCUGGCAAGCGUUUCCAAUCGGUAUGGGUACUGGAGCAGUCUAUGUGACGCUUUCCGGACUCAAAGAGCACUCACCAACACUCACUACCGUCGAGACCAUAUUCUAUUUCUUGAACAUUUCGUUGUUCAUCCUCAACACCACUACUCUCAUGACGCAAGCAAUACUAUUUCCAAGGCAAGCAUGGAGGCUGAUCAACGACCCUGUGAAAGGAAUAUUUGUGCCACUCGUCGUCCUUUCAUUUGCAACCAUUAUCAUUGGCACCAUAAACUAUGCUGUACCCCCAGGUUAUGUUAGUCCGGGCUUCAUCUACGUCCUGUUCUGGAUUUAUGUCGCCUUCGCCUGUUUAACUUGUCUACCUAUGCUAAUGAUUUGGUUCAACCAACCACACGAUCUGGCUACUUUCACUCCUGCUUACGCCUUCUUGAUUUUCCCGAUGAUGCUUGUGGGAGUCGUCGCCUUCAAUGUGUUGAAAGUAAUGAACCCUGCGGAUACCCGAGCAGUCGGAGUUCUCGUUUUGGGCUAUUUCUUUCAGGGAAUUGGAUUUUUUAUGACCUUCUUCUACCUUUGCAUUUACAUCAUUCGCAUUAUGUCCACCGGCUUCCUCGAUGGUCAUCAGGCAAAUGGAGCCUUUGUGGCAUGCGGUCCACCUGGAUUUACUGCACUUGCACUACUCAACCUAGGAGAUCAUGCAAGAAAAAUUCUCGCUGCCCAUGGCCUUAUUACUCCAACUGCAGGGGACAUUUGGUAUGCCAGCAGUGUUCUGUCAGCGCUGAUGCUCUACGGAUUGGCUGUAUUCCUCUUUGUCUUCGGAGUUCUGCCCUACUGGUUCAAAGUCCAUAAACACCUUAAAGAAAUACUUGGCUGCUGGGCACUGACCUUUCCAAACGUUGGGUGGAUUUCGACCACACGAGUCCUUGGUGACGUCCUCCACAUUCCUGGACUAUAUGACGUCCAUUUAGUCAUGACAAUCCUAAUGUGUUUAACGUGGGCGGUUCUGUUUAUACUGACUGUCGCCGCUUUUUGGAAAGGAUUGAUCUUCUAUUCCCAAGAUGACGAUGUCCUCAAGGACCUUCGUCAGGACAAUGAUUCUACACUCUCCUAUUCAACUGCAUCUACAGCGGUCUAG